AUGAAGUGCAGGGCCAUCUGUGCACGACCAAUGACUCAAGAAAUGGCUGACCUUCCUGAAGAUCGUAUUAUACCAGGCCAGCCACCAUUUACACACACAGGCACCGACUGUUUUGGACCCUUUCUCGUCAGGAAAGGCAGGUCAAACCUUAAGAGAUAUGGCAUAGUCUUUACAUGCCUAACAUCACGUGCAGUCCAUAUUGAGGUCAUGGACUCAAUGGAAACGGACUCAUUUAUCAACGCUCUUCGACGAUUUACAGCAAGACGAGGUCCAGUGAAGUCCAUCAGAUCCGACAAUGGCACAAACCUGGUGGGUGCAGAGAAAGUUCUUCGUCAGGAGCUCCAGCUUCUUGAUCAAACUGCCAUCUGUGACACCAUGUCAACUAGAGGCAUCUCAUGGUGCUUCAAUCCACCACAUGCUUCACAUUUCGGUGGAGUCUGGGAACGUCAGAUUCGCUCUAUCAGGCGUGUUUUGAGUGGUAUUUGCUAUCAACAGACACUAACUGAUGAUAGUCUUCACACUCUGUUCUGCGAAGUUGAAGCCAUCAUUAACGGCAGACCCUUGACCAGAGUUACGGACGACCCUGAUUGCCUGCAACCACUGACUCCGAGCAUGCUGCUGAACUUGAAGGGUUCACCUGGUCCAGUCAUGAAUACCGAUAACAAGAAUCUGUAUGCUCGUCGGCGCUGGAAGCAGGUGCAGUACUUGGCUGACCUCUUUUGGAAGAGGUGGUCUAAAGAGUAUCUACCUCUCCUCCAAGAGCGCCAAAAGUGGAACAUUAAACGGCGUGAUGUCAAGAAAGGAGACAUAGUUUUAGCCUUGGAUGAGAGGCUGCCCAGAGGUACAUGGCCUCUUGCUCGAGUGAUAGAGGUAAUGUGUGAUAGUGAUGGACAUGUGCGCAGUGCUAAACUGAAAACUGUCAGUGGAGAAUAUAUCCGGCCUAUUAGCAAGAUGUGCCUUCUCUUAGAAAGUGAGAUCAAUACUGAAAACUAG